UCACAUCUCUCCAGGAUGUCUGAGAGGAGGUGCUCCCCGGAGGACGACUGCUCUUCUCUCCUUUCGCGGCUCGGCUCAGACUCUCCUCGACCUCGGAUGAAGUACGGCGGGAUGUUCUGCAAUGUCGAGGGAGCGUUCGAGAACAAGACACUGAACUUUGAGUCGUUGGGUCUGCGGCCGCAGCGAUGCCAAGCCACUUGCACCCGCAGCCGAGAUGGAGGCCACGCCGCCAGAAGAGGAGGCGACCGUCUGAUCAUCAAAGGAGGAAAGAUUGUCAAUGACGACCAGUCGUUCUACGCUGAUAUCUAUAUUGAGGAUGGGACAAUCAAACAGAUCGGCGAGAACCUGAUUGUCCCGCCCGGCGUGAAAACGGUGGACGCAUAUGGUCAGCUGGUGAUCCCUGGAGGAAUCGACGCCAACACAAACCUGUACUCACCGCAGAAAGGCCUGAACCCGGCAGAUGACUUCUACCAGGGAACUAGAGCCGCCCUGUCCGGAGGAACCACCACCAUUAUGGACCACGUGCUGGUGGAGCCGGGGACUAGUUUACUAACGGCAUUUGACCAGUGGAAAGAUGCGGCAGAGCAGAGGGCGUGCUGCGACUUCUCCCUCCAUGUGGACAUCACCCGCUGGCACGAGGGGCUGUACGAGGAGCUGGAGACACUUGUCAAGGACAAAGGUGUGAACUCCUUCCUCUUCUUCAUGGCCUACAAAGAUAAGUACCAGAGCUCCGACUCUCAGCUCUAUGAGGCCUUCAGUGUCCUCCGUGAUCUCGGAGCCAUCGCGCAGGUCCAUGCUGAGAAUGGUGACAUCAUUGAUGAGGAGCAGAAGAAGCUUCUCUGUCUUGGCAUUACUGGACCUGAAGGACAUGUUAUAUCGCACUCAGAAGAGGUAGAGACUGAGGCAGUGUAUCGGGCCAUCACCAUUGCCAAACAGUCCAACUGCCCGCUGUACAUUACCAAGGUAAUGAGCAAAUCUGCUGCUGAUGUCAUCGCCAAAGCCAGGAAGAAAGGCAUGGUGGUGUAUGGGGAACCAAUCACAGCUGGCCUGGCUACCGACGGCUCCCAUUAUUGGUCGAAAGACUGGGCCAUAGCUGCUGCCUUCGUCACAAGCCCGCCCCUUAACCCUGAUCCUUCGACUCCGCAGUACUUGACCUCCCUGUUAGCAUGUGGAGACCUCCAAGUAACCUCCAGCGCUCAGGCCAGCUUUUCCACCGCUCAGAAAGCUGUUGGUAAAGACAACUUCACUUCGAUUCCAGAGGGAACUAAUGGCAUAGAGGAGAGGAUGUCUGUGGUCUGGGACAGAGCAGUGGCCACUGGAAUGAUGGAUGAGAAUGAGUUUGUUGCAGUAACCAGCACCAAUGCUGCAAAGCUCUUCAGCAUGUAUCCACGAAAAGGUCGGAUCGCUGUUGGAUCUGACGCUGAUAUUGUCAUCUGGAAUCCGAAGGAGACACGAAUCGUUUCUGCAAACACUCACAACCUGAACCUAGAGGUCAACAUCUUUGAGGGUUUGGAGUUUCGAGGAGUGGCGUCGGUGGUGAUCAGCGGCGGACGAGUUCUUCUGGAGGACGGAAAACUCAACGUGACUGAAGGUUCAGGACGCUUCAUUCCCAGGAAGGCUUUUCCUGAUAUCGUGUACAAGAGGAUCAAAGCCCGUAGCAAGAUGGCCGAAACUCGCGGUGUCCCCCGUGGAAACUACGAUGGUCCAGUCCAUGAUGUCAUCAGCAUGACUAAAUCAGUCCCACCCACCCCGACCACCAGGGGGCCCCCAUGUCCAAAAACCCUGACCGGCCCCCGUAAUCUCCACCAGUCGGGAUUCACCCUCGCAGGAACUCAGAUUGAUGACCACAUACCACGGCGCUCUGCUCAGAGGAUUGUGGCACCUCCUGGUGGACGAUCCAACAUUACGUCAUUAUCCUAAAACUGGAAGAAUGAAGCAGUCGCUGUGAGACUGUCCAACAGUCCUUACAAUGACUACUAGCGCUUCAUAAUAGUAAUAUUUCAUCAUGAACUCAAAUGCAACCUUCCAAACAACCCUACAGCUAGUCUUAAAAUCUUAAACUACUAAAUCCUAAAUUGAAAGCUCCUGAGUCGUCUAAUUGUACUUUUAUAAAGCUGUAGUAUUUCAGCUAGUAGCAAAUGGCAAUGCAACUCGAUAAAUACCAGUAAGCCCUGCUUACACUGAACUACUUCACGUUUCUAAGAUAGCAGUACUCGAGCAUAUAAAAGCAUCAAAUACAACUAAGACUGCAAGUUACUAAACAGUAGGGGUGCAACGAUACACAAAAUUCACGGUUCGAUAUUUUUUUGAUACAAAAAAAAAAUGUUCAUGCUUUUUUAAUUU